AUGGAGGGGUCAAAUGCCAGUGUCCCACAGGGUUUAGAGGUGAUGGUGUCAAAAAUUGUGAAGAUAUUAACGAAUGCCAAGAGAAGAAGGCUUGUCAGUGCCCUGAAUGUAGCUGCAAGAAUACUUGGGGCAGCUAUGACUGCAGUUGUACAAUACAUGGAUUCCGAAAUCAGAGCAAUCAUGGCACAAUAUAUGCCCUUGGACAGCCAAGCAGAAGUUCCAAAUCAUGUCAAUGACCAAAGAGCAUGA